AUGAAGAGAAAGUGGGUAUCAAAUGAUAUUGAAAAAAUCUCGGAGGAAGUAUGUACGAAUCAAUCAUUUCUGAUUUUGCAAAUCCCCACAUUGAAAGUACAGAAGUAUAAAGCUCCACAGUUGAGCAAAUUACAAGUCCCACCGACAUUAGAGCUGGUUUCAGAAUCCCCAAAGGUUACUGCUUGGGUGAGUGAUUUAUUACAUUCCAUGGCAAAUCUGAGAGACGAGAUAAAAUUCGAUGACCAAAAUGGAUCAUGUACAAAUGGAAAUAAUGGAGUCAAAGUGUUGAUAUUUUUGGGUGCAAUGGGAAAAGAGUAUAUUACCUCUAUCAGAGAACAAUUAGAAUGUUAUGAGGACUCGUUGUUUUUCAUUUCUUCUAGCUUGUUAGAUUCGUGUGAUGCUGCUCAUCACUCUGAUGACCAACAGUGUUUGCAAUUAUCGACAUAUUUCGAAUUAAUCGACCCUUUAGGAGGAGGAGCAUACCCCUUAGAUUACUUGGUAGUAGUUGACUCUCACGAUAGCAUAAGAUGUAAAAUUCCUAUACGAAUAUGUCGUAACAACUUUCAUAGUCCACAUGAAAAAUUUGGCGUUGACUUGGAAAGACUUCCAAGCUUGAUUGAAGAGUAUAUGCAGCAUUUUAUGUCUAUUCUGGCAAUAACAUAUUAA